AUGGAGACAGAUGACACAAUUGCAAUUGUAGGAAUUGGUUGCAACUUUCCAGGGGGCGAAGGGAUUGACAACUUCUGGCAGGUACUUGUGAAAGGCCAAAACUGUACAGCAGAGAUAUCACCUGAAAGGUUUAACAUUGAAGAAUGGUAUGAUGCAAAUGAUAAUACAGCAGGUAAAAGUCGGUCAAAAGAAGCAGCUCUUACUGAAGGAUUUAAUGAUUUUGACAACAAGUUAUUUGGAAUCAAUGAUGCAGAAGCUGAACGCAUGGACCCUCAACAAAAAAUACUCCUGGAAUGUUCCUAUAGAGCCCUGGAGGAUGCUGGAAUUCCAAUUGAAGAUGUAGCUGGGUCCAAAAUUGGUGUUUUUAUUGGUUUUAUGAAUCAAGAGUUCGGACAAGUAACUCGCAACCUUUACAAAAUUAUGAACCAUUAUAAUAUCACUGGAUCUUCACCAACAAUUGCAGCAAACAGGAUCUCAUAUGUUUUUCACUUAACUGGACCAUCCCUUUGUAUAGAUACUGCCUGUUCUUCAUCUCUUGCUGCCUUACAUUUUGCCUGCCUCUCAAUUAAACAAGGAGACUGUGAGGCAGCUUUUUGUGGAGGUGUGAGUUUUAUUUUAGACCCUUUACUAUAUGUGGCACUGAGUAAAGCCAAAAUGAUAUCUCCUGAGGGGAUGAGUAGACCCUUUUCUAAAGGAGCAAAUGGCUAUGGAAGAGGAGAAGGUUGUGGCAUUGUCUUACUGAAACCACUAAGGAAGGCACUGGAAGACUGCAACAAAAUCUGGGGUGUUAUCAACAUCAGUGCAGUGAAUCAGGAUGGACGAUCAGUAACUCCCAUCACCAAGCCCUCUCAGAAACAACAGGAGAAACUUCUAGAGAGCAUUUAUUCAACCCACAUCAGCCCAUCAAUUGUGCAAUACAUCGAGGCUCACGGGACAGGAACCCCUGCUGGAGAUCCUACUGAAGCAGAGAGCAUAGGCAACAUUGUUGGUAGAAGAAGAUCUAGAAACCUACCUCCCCUGAAAGUUGGUUCAGUGAAAGGCAACAUUGGCCACACUGAGUCAACUGCCGGGAUAGCAGGUCUAAUUAAAGUCCUUUUGAUGAUGAAACAUGAAAAGUUCGUCCCAUCUCUCCACUAUUCAGAGGAUGUCAGUAGCAUCAACACAGAAAAAUUAAAUAUUUCCAUUCCAACAGCAGUAGAGAAAUGGGAAGAGUCUGCAGAAUUUGGCAGAGUAGCUGGCAUAAACAGCUUUGGAUUUGGAGGGACCAAUGCCCACGUUGUCGUCAAGCAGUUUAAGCAGCAACUUCAAGAUAUACCUUCUAAAAGGCCCUAUGAAAUAUUUAUACUUUCUGCAGCUUCCAGUAAGUCCCUCAUGCUCACAAUCGAAGACACAGCUCAACAGCUGCAUGAGAAUGACUGUGUAUCUCUACAGAAUCUGGCUUAUACAUCUGCCUGUAGAAGAAGCCACAUCAACUAUAAAUACAGAAAAGCAUUUGUGACAACUUCCCUAGGAAAUCUGCAGCAACAACUUACUUCGGCAACUGGAGUUCAAACAUCUCAAACAAAAGGGAUUCCUCAAUUAGUAUUUGUGUUCUGUGGUAAUGGGGCCCAUUACAAGGGAAUGGGCAAAGUCCUGCUCAGGUCAGAACCAGUAUUUAGAAAAAAAUGCCAAGAAAUCUCCAAAUUGUUUCUCCAACAUGUACCUAUCAAUCUGUUGGAUUUAAUAGAGGAAGAAUUUGAUGAUUUUUCAAAACCCACCAUCAUUCAGCCUCUCCUCUUCCUAAUCCAGGUGGCUUUAGCAUCCCUCCUGAAGUUCUGGGGCAUUGAACCUGUCGCUAUUGUGGGGCAUUCGGUUGGGGAAGUAGCUGCUGCCCACUGUGCAGGGUAUCUCACCCUUGAGGAUGCUGUGAAGAUUAUUUACUACAGGAGUAAGUUUCAGGCAAAGGUCACUGGGGGAAAAAUGUUAGUUGUUGGGAACAUUCCCGUAGAGGAAAUCUCAAAAUCCUUAGCCCCUCACUCUGCAAAGAUAUGCAUUGCAGCCUUCAAUAGUCCCAAAUCCUGCACAAUAUCAGGAGAAGCAGAUACGAUAAAUGCAUUUCGUGAAGAACUAUCUCAGCAAUUUGGGGCAAGAAACAUAUUUCUCUUUGAAUUAGAAGUCCCUGCUGCUUAUCACAGUCAUAUGAUGGACCCAAUAGUCAUGGACAUUACAGAGAAUAUAAAGGAUCUAUCGAGGCAGGAGCCAGAAGUGGAAAUUUUCUCAACAGUGACAGGAAAAAGAGCUUCUGAAGAGGAUUUCACGACAAGUAAAUAUUGGAGCAGAAACAUUCGAGAACCAGUUGCUUUCACCCAGGCCAUCAAAGCUUCAGUUCAAGGAAAGGACAAUGUAAUGUUCAUUGAAAUAGCUCCUAAACAAGUAUUACAUAGGAAUAUUAAAGAAACUUUAGGAAAAGAAAGUGUUGUUCUGCCUGCACUAAAAGCAGAGAAAGAUUAUGAGACCCUUUUUGCCCUAGUGGAAAAUCUAUUUGAAUCAGGAUAUAAUCUCAAUUGGCUACAUUUCUAUGAUGGAGUGAAGGUGGUUCCAACAGAAUAUCCGAGGUAUAAAUUUGAUCAUCAGAAACUCAACACAUACCUGAAGAGCUAUCAGCAGCAGCACAGCCCAGACUGUUCCAGUCAUCCUCUCAUUAACAGUGUAAACAGCAAUUUGGAAAUCAUCUGCAUCAUAUCUCAGAAUACAACACCCUAUGUUUAUGAGCACAAAAACAAUGGCAUACCUUUGGUUCCAGGGGCCCUUUUUGCUGAAGUUGGCUUAGCUUCAAUAAUGAUCAGUUCAAGACCUAAAAUACCUCUAAGUACAUGUCAGCUGAGCAUCAGUUUUCUACUUCCCUGUGUGGUAAACCAAGAUACUCUUGACUUGCAGGUCAAACUUGAAUUGAAAAAGACAGCAACUGAAUUCAAAAUAUUCUCGCCAUCUGCAGUUUUUGCAAGAGGACAAGUUACAAAAAUUCCAGAAGGAAAUUUAAGUGAAUGCAAACAUCUCUCUCUUAAGAGCAUCUUCCAAAGGUGUAAGUCAAUCAUAGUCAUCAGAGAAUUUUAUGAAAUCCUCUCUUUUGUUGGUUUUCAAUAUGGUGCCAUUUUUAAACAACUAGAUGAUAUUUUUUACUGUGAUAAGCUAAAGGAAGGCAUAGCAACGCUUAAAGUAAAUGAGGCAACUAGAAGGGAAAUGCAUGAUUAUCACAUUCAUCCAGUGUUGCUGGACUGCUUCUUACAGAUGACAGCUAUCAUUGCUAGCAGAAGCACAAAAGCUGAAAGAAAGGCUGGAUUUCCUUCUACCAUAGGCAGCCUUGUAGUCUUCAAACCCCUGGAAGAGGAAAUGAAGAUAUAUAUGAAAGCCAACAAAUCCACUGAGAAUUACUUAGAAGUCUGUGGGUUUUUUACAGAUAAACACGGGCAGGUUUUGGCAGAAUUAAAGCAUGUUGGGAUCACAUAUGUGACAUCUGCUAAUGAUGACUUCUUGUUUGAAAAUAAAUGGACACCAAUCUCUUCAGCGCCAAUGGCUGGAUAUUCAGUUGAAUCACCCCAAUUCUUGGUGUUUGCUGACAAAUUUGGAAUAGCUAAGCAGCUAAAAAAAUACUUACACAGUCAAUCCAAAUAUAUCACAUUUGAGGAAUGGGAAACAAUUCAAAAAUCUGAGAAGUCGGAAAGAGAUUUGAUGAGAAAAGAGAUCAAGGGCUUCCAUAACGUAUUAUUCAUGUGGGGAAUUCAAAAGUUAAGUGAAGACUCUCCAGGGUUACUAAUCAUGCAACAGUCAGCCAAGUGUUGCGAGACACUGCGUCAAGUUAUUUUGGCUUUGAGGGAACAAAAUGCUCAUUGUUCUGUGACGCUAAUCACUUACAGAACAACAUCAAGAAAUGUUGAUCACAUUAAUCCCGGGUUUGCUCUGUCCGGCAUGAUGAGGUGCUGUUUUGUAGAAAUUCCAGACAUCACAUUGAAGAUGAUAGAUAUCAGCUUUAUAAGUAUGCAGGACAUAGAAAGUUUAGCAGAAGCUAUCAUUAAAUAUAAAGGGGAAGAUUAUCCUGAACUCUGGAUUGAUCAGGGAAGAAUGUACUUUACCGAAGUCAAGCACACUCCCUUUGAACUCCCUCCUGAAAGACCAACAACUUCAGGAAUGUUGACUUUAUACACAGCAAAUCCAUACAAAGCAAUAGACCUGUCUGCUCAGGUAACAGAGCCCAAGGUCAUUCACCUUGAAAAUCGCGCUAUUGAGGUUGAAAUGGAAAGGAUAUGUAUCCAUUCGGAAGACUAUUUUCCAGUUAGCACCACCAGUUCAACCUUUGGAAAGACUCUGUACUGGACAGAGCACACUGUGGAACAACAUCAAUUGCUAGCCCUGGAUUUCAGUGGCAUAGUAACCAACAUAGGCAAAGGAGUAACAGAAGUAAAGAUAGGUGAUCACAUUGCUACAUGCUUCCCGGUCACAGCAUCCUCAAGGGUCUUAAUUCCUGAGAUGACCUGUUUCAAAACCAACAAAUUGCCAAUUUUGAGAGAUACACCCUGUGUUUCAUAUUUCAUAAUAGCAUGGAGGAUUCUCACUCAGAUUUUGCCAAAACCAAAGACUCUUGCUCCUUUAUCUGUUAUCUGUACUCAUCUAGGAUCCAUUUUAGGGCAAGUACUGACUUUGGCAGCUAAAGAUAUGGGUUGGAAAGCUAGUCUUCUCUCACCCACUCCUGAUCUUCACAAAACUGUGAAACAAUGUCAGGCACUCAUAUUUCUGCCUUCAUUAACUAACUUCUCCACAGAAAUGCUGUCUGACCUUUCGAAUCUCAGAGACGUGGUAGUUUUACAUGGGAGUCAUCAGCCUGAAUUUCUACAGCAGCUUUUUCAUAAUAGUCCCGAUCAUAUCCAAGUUCACACCCUUAAUAUUAAUCCGGUUUUUCAGAAAUCAGCUUUAAUGCAAAAUAGUAGAGCUGUCCUCAAGUGGGCAAAAUCAAUGACUUUUCCAAAGAAAACAAAAUUAACCUAUUCCAUUUUUCAACCCACUGGGUCUGUUAUGGACCCAGAACCAGUUUUCUCCUACUUUGCUUACCCAACCAUCCUACUAGUUGUGUUGAGAGGAAAAUUGCCAGAAACUGAAGUUUCAGAAAUACCUAAGACUGCAACAAGGAAGAAAUUGUUUCAGCCAAAUGCAGUGUAUAUUGUGUCUGGUGGACUCUCUGGCCUUGGCUUUGAAACAGUCAGAUUUAUAGUUCAGAGAGGGGGUGGCUAUGUGGUGAUUCUUUCAAGAAGAAGUCCAAAUGCUGAGCUACAAGAAGAAAUGCGAUCUUUGGAAGAGCAGAAUCAAGGCUGCAAGAUCAUCAGCUUGCAGUGUGAUGUGAGUGUUCACACGAAAGUGUACCAUGUGAUCAGUUCCAUUGGGGACAUCUUUCCAAAGGUUCCAAUCAAAGGUGUGUUUCACAGUGCAGUCGUGUUAGAUGAUGCACAUCUUGAAGCUCUGGAUCUCACUCGCUUUGAGAAAGUACUAAGUCCCAAAGUUGCAGGAGUUAUAAAUCUUCACUGUGCUACUAAAGGGCAUGAGCUGGAUUAUUUUGUCUGUCAUUCAUCUGUUACUUCAUUCCUUGGGAAUUCAACCCAAGCUAAUUAUGCUGCUGCUAACUCCUUUCUAGAUAUCUUCUGUCAUUAUCGCAGGAACUGUGGUCUUGCUGGCCAAUCCAUUAACUGGGGAGCCUUAAAUCUUGGAUUACUGCUAAACAAAGAGAAACUUCAACAGUUUUUAGCAAGCAAGGGAAUACUUACUCUUCAGAAAUCUGAAAUUUAUGAAUUCUUUGAAAAAAGCUUACUUCUAAAUAAUCCUCAGCAAGCAAUAGCUAAAUUUGAUUUCAGAAAAAUGAGCAAUUAUUUCUUUAGUCAGGUUCCAUCUUUCAAAAUCCGAUUUGCUUCUCUUGCUAAGAAUGAACACAAAUUAGCAGGUGAAACACAGCACAACAGCACAGUUCAUCAAGAUUCAUCUCAGAUGACAACUAAAGAUUAUAUCUAUUCUUUAAUAAGUGAACUCACUAAUACCAAUGUCGAGGACAUUACAAUGAACACCUCUCUCAUGUCACUCGGCAUGGACUCGAUGUCAGCUAUGACCCUACAAAAUAAACUCUUCAGCGACAAAAAAAUGGAUAUUCCUCUUAUCAGAUUACUUGAUCCCAACACAACUCUGAUGACCAUCCAUUCACUUUUGGAGAAACAAUCAGAGAAAAUAGUAGAUAAUGGACAUAGUGAUAGAAAUCAAGACACUUAUUUUUAA